UUAAACAUCAUUAUGUACAGGCUUCGGCGGCCCGUCGUCUUCUUCCUUCUCUUCUUCCGCCGCUGGUCUUUUAAGCAUUUUCUAAAAUUACAAACCGGACCGGCGGCCAUGUGGACUGGUCUUACAAGCACCGUUCUUCGACUUCCAGGGUUUAGCUAAAACCCUUCAAAAAUUUCCCCCUUUUCAUCUCUUCCACACAAAAAAUUCAGUCAUUUAAAACCCUAAUUUUUCUCCGGGAGCUCUCCCAAUUGAGCAAUUAUGAUCAAGCGCAACCGACUCCUGAGCAAAUUUGUAAGAGGGCAACUUUUCAGCAGUUGCCCGUUGCCGUCGGAUCCUAAUGCGCCGUCAAUUUCUUCUUCAGCGUCCCGCGCGGAUUUGUGCAUUUCGUUGGCGGAUCAUCUCCUAAGACGGGGGUUAAUCUCGUCGGCUCAGAAAGUGAUUCAGAGGUUCAUUGCGAAAUCAUUGUCCACUCCGGAAACAAAUGCAGUAAUCGAUUUCGCCUUUUCACGAGGUAUGGAGCUUAAUUUGGCUUGUUACGGCAGUCUUAUCCCGAAACUUGUACUUUCAGGCGAUGUUCGUAUGGCGGAGGCGCUGUAUGUAGAUUGUAUAGCGCGAAGAGGCCUUGAGCCUGGCCCUAAUUUAUUGAGUUCGAUGAUUAUUUGUUACUGCAAGCUUAUGAAAUUAGAUGAAGCUAAAUCAUGUUUUGACAGGCUCAUUGAAUUAGGGAUUAGACCUUGGGCUACCUCCAUUAACGCUAUGAUCAAGUGCUUUCUUGAGUAUGAUAGGAUUUCGGAGGCUUAUGAUUGCUUUUGUAAGAUAAUUGAAGCUUCAAACAUUACUCUAGAGUUUAGUUGUUAUAAUAGGCUUGUGAAUGGAUUUUGCCGAAGGGGAUUGUUAGAUGAGGGGCUUCACAUUUUCGAUAUAAUGAUUGACCACGGGAUAUCGCCUACAGCUCACAUUUGCAAGUCGUUGAUCAUUGGUUUGUGUAAAUGGGGUCGCGUCAUGGAGGCUGAGGUUUUGUGUACAGAAAUCGAGUCUCAUGGUUUUGUAGUGGACGAAUUCAUGUACACUUUGCUGAUAAAUUCGUAUUGUAAGGCGCGGAAAAUGAAGAUGGCGAUAAGGUUGUUUAUGAGGAUGCUGAAGUUAGGAUAUGAACCUGAUAAAUACACUUACAAUACAUUGAUCCAUGGUUUCUUUAACUUGGGAUUGUUCGAAAAAGGUUGGGCUUUACAUGAUAGAAUGAUUGGCUCGGGGUUGAAGCCUGGUGUGGUAACUUAUUCGAUUAUGCUCAACAAUUAUUGCAGAGACCGGAAAGUCGAUCAUGCUUUGAUGCUCUUGGAUGACAUGCCCCGGCACGGUAUUGCUCCCAAUGUGCACUGCUACACUGUCUUGAUUGCUGCACUUUGCAGGGAACUUAGAUAUGAGGAAGUAUACCGGCUGUAUCAUGAAAUGCUCGAUAGAGGGAUCGUUCCUGACCACUUGCUUUUCUUCGUCCUUGUCAAGAAUCAUCUGGAAGGCGAUGAGCUGAACAUUGCACGUACUGUUUUACAAGCUAUCGCCAAGAAAUCUUCUGGGAGUGAUAGUGUGCAGUCUGCAGUUGAUUCGACGAAUGAAAUUGAGAAUCUUCUGGAUGAUAUUGCGAAAAUUAGGUCUGAAUUAGCUGUUACAGCCUUUAGUAUUUACUUGAUAGCUUUGUGUAUGGGGAAAAAGCUCGAUACUGCGUGGCGGUUAAUGGAGAAUAUGGCGUGCCUUAAUCUCCUACCGUCCAUUGCUGCAUUUAAUUCCUUGAUUAAGUUGCUUAUGCAGAAGGGUCAUUUUGAGGACGUCGAGUCUCUACUGGAAGUUAUGCAGGAUCAGGGAUUGGUUCCAAACCAGCUGACUUUCUCGAUCAUAGUAGAUGAGCUCUGUAAACGGGAUGACUUUGAGUCGGCGAUUGACAUAAUGGAUCAAAUUGACGAGCGAGGAAUCAAGUUGAACGUUGCAAUGUAUAACUCGGUAAUCAGUUGCUUGGGAAGGCAGAGGAUGAUCUGUGAAGCAGAGGAUCUUUUCUACCGAAUGCUCGAGUCCGGUAUCGAUCCUGAUCAGACAAUCUUUGUCACAAUGAUAAAUGCGUAUUCGAAGAAUGGAUGGGCUAGGAAAGCGUAUGAGUUGUUCGAGAAAAUGAUGGAGUACAAUCUCGCGCCCAAUUCCCACGCUUACACGGCGCUCAUACCGGGAUUAGUUAAGAGAAACAUGACCAGGGAAGGCUGCUUAUAUCUGAAGAGAAUGCUUAGAGAUGGUUUCGUCCCGAAUGUGGUUUUAUAUACUUCGCUUAUUAAGCAGUUCUUGAGAAGGCGCGAAGUUGAAUUCGCUUUCCGGUUGGUUGAUUUGAUGGGGAGAAAAGCUGUGGAGAAAGAUCUUGUUGCAUAUAUCACUUUGGUAAGCGGCGUUUGUCGAAAUAUCCGUUGCUUUGACGGGAAAUGGUAUCUGUCGAACGAAAUAUCAGCUAAGUCGAAAGAGACAUUGUUCCGUUUGCUCGGUCAGACGACCGUUGUAUCGAAUCGAAAGAGUGUGGGGAGUUUGAUCUCUUCUCAAGAAGAACUGAAAACUUUCGCUCUAAAGCUGAUCAAGGAGAUUCCAACGGCGGCAUUACCACCGCCAAACGUGUACCUUUGCAAUGGGAUAAUGUCGGUGAUCAGCUGGGCUAGGAGCGCGCAGGAAGGGAACCAGCAUCUCGACCAAAUGAAAAAAGCAGGGGUACAGCCUAAUCAGGUGACGUACACGAUCUUGAUCAACAGACACAUUCACCGCGAGGAAGUCGACCGUGCUGUCGCAUUGUUUAACGAAAUGAGUGGUGACGGCGUCGCACCUGACCGGAUGCUCUUCAACACGUUAAUCCGAGGGUUCUGUAAGGUCGGACGGACAGACGAUGCAUUGUCUCUGCUACAUAUGAUGCGGAAGAGAGGAUUUCUGCCUUCGAAAUCUUCUUACGAGCUGCUUCUGGGUUCGUUUUGUUCGACGGGAUUGAGCUCUCAAGCCCUGAGGAUAUGCCAAGACAUGAUCGGACAUAAGUAUUAUCCUUGCCAGUAUAACGUCCGGUGGCUGAUCUCUGUACUGUGCGACGAUGGCAAAGUCGAAGAGGCCCGAGAUGUGUGUAGGCUGUUGCUCAAAGGUACAAAAACUAAAAGAGUGUCUUUUUACUCAUAGGAGCAAAUUAAUUUAAUAAUUUUGAUCA